AUGAAUUUUAAUUGUGAAAUUUGUCAAAUUGGAUUCUCAACAAAGUUUUCAUUAAAUAGACAUCAAAAAAGUUUAAAAUGUCAAUCUGGUGAAAUCAAGUUAAAAUUGUCUCAGUGUAAAUGUGAAGUCACUUUUUAUAAAGAACAUUAUGGACACAAAGAAAUCGAACUUCAACAUGUAAAAAUACCAGAUAUUAAAAAACAUGAAAUUGCUGCUAAGUUAUCACAGAGUGUCACAUUUAAAAGGGUAUUAGAUGAUGUUAGAGAAAAUAUAGGAAAUAGUUUGAAAAGAGAAGAUUUAAUAACACUGUCUGAUCUCCAUAAUAUUAAACAAAAGUAUAAUUUAAAUUUAAAAGAUGGUCAAUUCCAUAAGAGUGAUGCCACAAGUGUUGACAUGUGGGUUGAACAAAUGAAAAAAGAAAAAGAGAACAACUGUGUAAUUUACUAUAAAAGACAAGGUGAGGUCGAUGACAAAGGCAUGCUUGAUUUAAAAGAUGUUUGUAUAAUUUUAAUGGAUCCCGGACAGAAAUAUAUGUUACACACAUUUGGACAGCAAAAAAUUGUAUGCAUUGAUGGAACUCACGGACUUAAUGGUUAUGAUUUUGAAUUAGUAACAUUAAUGGUUGUUGAUGAUUUUGGCUCAGGUUUUCUGUGUUGCUUUACGUUUACAAAUUUAAAAGAUACCAAUAUAUAUACUAUAAUGUUCUCAGCUAUUAAAGAUGUUAUAGGUAUAAUACAACCACAAACAUUCAUGUCUGAUAUUGUUGAAACAUUUUACUUCGCAUGGGAAAAUAUCAUGGGGCCGGUCCCUCAUCGAAUUUUAUGUUCAUGGCAUGUUGACAAGGCUUGGCGACAAAAUUUAACGAAGAUUAUUGGUUCUCAGAGUAAAGAAAAGCAAUCUACAGUAUACAAAUCUUUGAAAGUUCUUCAAACAAUGACUUCUGAAACAGAAUUGAAUCAGAGUUUAAAGGAAUUUAGUAAUGUAAUGAAAAAUGACCCUGAUACUAAGGAAUUUGGACUAUACUUUGACAGAACAUAUGGAAAUAGAACUACUUUAUGGGCUUAUUGUUAUAGAAAAGGCUUAGGAAUCAACUGCAAUAUGCAUUUAGAAUCUAUGCAUAAAUCGAUAAAAUAUCAUUAUUUAAACGGUUGUAAAGUUGGACGCUUAGACAAAAGUAUAUUAAUAAUACGACGGUAUACUAGGGAUAAAAAAGUUGAAAGGAUGGUGAAAUUGACUAAGGGUAAAUCCACCACUAGAAUCCAAGAGAUUAAAAAAAGACACAUCAAAAGCAUUACAAUGAAUCUUAAAAUUAACUUUGAUAAUAAUAAUACCUGGAAUGUGGAGAGUGAAAAUGUACCAAAUCAAUUAUACAUUGUAAAACAAGUGAAUAAUGAAAUAUGUUGUGCCAUGGUUUGCUCUGCAUGUAAGAUAUGUAUUCAUACAUUUGAAUAUUCAUGUUUAGAUUAUUCAAUUAAGUCUAUAAUUUGUAAACAUAUCCACUUUAUUGCCUUAAAUAUAAUUGAAUCAGAAAAUAAAUUACUUGAAGAUCUUACAACACAUCCUACACAAGAAACAGAUGCAGAUGUCACAGUGACUUCAACCAAAACAAACAAACAAUCUGAAACUGAAGAGUUAGAAGUUCACAUGAAGACUUUGGGUAAUCCUAAAAAAGAUGAAAAUAUAUACGCUAAAUUUAAAGAAAAAGCCACAAGUAUGAUAAAUAAAAUUACCUCUAUCCAAAAUCCAGAUCAUCUUAAGGUGGCCAUGCAAAAGUUAGAAGCCCUUGAUGCUUUUAUUGAUGUGACAUCAAAAGAAACAGCAACUGGCACAGAGUUCAUUAAGACCAACAGUGAUCCUUCAAAUAAAAAAAUAAUAACACAAACCAACUUUUACUCAACUAAAAACAAAAGACGAAAAAUCGAAAAUGAUUUGACAAAACCUUCCAGACUUGAAACCCGAGAUUUAAGUGAUUUGUUUUUAAAUAAGAAGUUGAAUGUCUUAAAAGAACAAGAUAUUGAACAUUCAUAUUUUAAAGAACAUUAG